AUGUAUUGGCCUACAUUGUUUAAGGAUGCACAUGCUUGGGUCAAAAGCUGUGAUGAAUGCCAAAGGACGGGCAAUAUAUCCUGUCGUCAUGAGAUGCCAAUGACUACAAUCCAAGAGGUGGAAGUGUUUGACAUGUGGGGGAUCGACUUCAUGGGGCCUUUUGUCAGCUCUUACAGUAACAAGUAUAUACUGGUUGCCAUUGACUAUGUCUCCAAGUGGGUCGAAGCAGUUUCUCUCCCAACCAAUGAUGCGAAAGGGGUGACCAUGAAUACAACAAGAACUGAUUGGGCAAAGAAGCUGGAUGAUGCAUUGUGGGUAUACCGCACAGACUUCAAAACUCCAAUUAGUAUGUCACCAUACAAGUUGGUAUUUAGAAAGGCAUGCCACCUUCUAGUUGAGCUCGAACACAAAGCACUGUGGGUAUUACGACAGCUGAACUUAAACACAGAGACGUCGGGCACCAACAGAGUUAAUGGGUUGCAUGAGCUUGAGAAAUUCCGGUUCCAAGCAUUCGAGAGUGCUAGACUAUAUAAAGAAAGGAUGAAACUAAUGCAUGACAAGCACAUCUUGAAUCGGAACUUCAAACUCGGAGAAUUAAUGCUGCUAUAUAACUCAAUAUUGAGGUUGUUCCCGGGUAAGUUGAAGUCUCGAUGGUCAGGACCGUUCAGAGUGGUGCAAAUGUUCCCAAGUGGAGCUGUGGAGAUCGAAUCUGAAGAUGGGACGAACAAAUUCACAGUGAAUGGGUAG